UCUCACUCAUGAUUUGAUUUGCUCAGCCGUCCUUCUCUCCCCUGGGCAGAGACCGUUACCCCAUGGUUGAACAGUUGGGGUCAGGGCAGGAAAUACAGUAACAACAGUCACUCGUUUCAAGUUAAUCGACCGAUCACGCCCAAUCGAUUCAUUGCGACGUCAGCGAACAUCCCGCAUGUCGGCCAAGAUAACCUCAAUACACUCGUUUUACCCCCUCGCCAAGCCAUCAUGUUCCAAGAUCGUUCUGGGGCCGAGGUGCCAUCACGCCCUGAAUCACCGAAAGCCAGUUCAAAGGUCAAUGUUCGUCGUCGCAACAGUGGUGCCGGUCGUUCCGCGCCAUUGGUCAAUCGCAUAAAGGAUGUUGCUGCAGAUGUAUAUCAGAAGACCGUUGUUGAGCUUAUUCUGCGUCGCAAACAUGUUACUGUGUCGACUGAUGGGCGACGCAUACCUCUCGAACUCGAACACGAAACCCCUUUAAUCGAUACUCGUCGUGGUCUUGCAUAUGUCUCGAACAGCAUCCGAACGUCAAGAUAUACAGUAUGGGACUUUAUACCCAAGCAACUUUUCUUUCAGUUCUCUCGCGUUGGAAACUUUUAUUUCCUUUGCGUUGGUAUACCGCAGAUGGUCCCAGGCCUUUCGACGACCGGGUCCUACACUACUAUUCUACCGCUUUUAUUCUUUGUGAUGUUGACAAUUGUCAAAGAAGGUUACGAUGACUAUCGAAGGUAUCGCCUGGACAAAAUCGAGAACGCUGGCUUCGCGACUGUGCUUGGACGAGAAGAUAAAUACACGGGAAAGCUACAACCAGUUAAUAAGUGGACAAAGCUUAACCCGUUUUUGACCCAUUCGACCGCUGAACCGUAUCCCGUACCGGAGGAGGAAUUCAAUGGAUUGCGUUGGGUUCCUGUGAGAUGGAGCGAGAUCAAGGUCGGAGAUGUCAUCAGACUUUGCCGAGACGAGCCUAUUCCCGCAGACCUUGUCUUGCUACACAGUGACGGGGAGAACAAGCUGGCGUACAUCGAAACCAUGGCUCUCGAUGGAGAGACCAAUCUCAAGAGCAAGCAGGUCACGCCCGCUUUGGAAGGCUGCGACACGAUCGAGGGGAUUUCCAAGUGCAAGGCGGAUUUUGUCGUUGAGAACCCAAACCCUGACCUCUACAACUUUGACGGUCGCGUGACAGUCAGCGGAAAGACUGUGCCCUUGACUUCAAAUGAGGUUAUUUAUCGCGGAAGUGUUGUUCGCAACACCAAUACAGCAAUUGGGCUUGUAAUCAACACUGGCGAGGACUGCAAGAUUCGCAUGAACGCCAACAAGCACCCAAAAGCCAAAAAGCCAGCCCUAGAGCGAGUUGUAAGCAAAAUCGUCGUUACUCUUGCCACUUAUGUUGUGGUCCUAUCUGUUGGGGUGUCUAUGGGCUAUGUCAAAUGGCAAAAGAGCACAGAAAGGCAUUCAUGGUAUCUGGAACAAGCCAAGGUGCCUUUCUACCAGAUCAUCAUUGCAUUCAUUAUUAUGUUCAUUAUUAUGUUCAAUAACGUUGUACCCCUGUCGCUUUAUAUCAGCCUCGAAAUCGUCAAAAUCGGCCAGUUGCUGAUGCUGAACUCGGAUGUUGAAAUGUAUGAUGAAGAGACUGAUACCCCUGCCCGAUGCAAUACGAAUACUAUCCUUGAGAAUCUGGGUCAGGUGGGAUAUGUCUUCUCAGACAAGACGGGAACCUUGACGGACAAUAUCAUGAAAUUUCGAAAGAUCAGCGUUGCAGGAACUGUUUGGUUGCAUGAGAUGGACCUGGAACCAAAGGUCGAUGAAGCUGAGGCUUUUAAGCUCGAUGAAGAGUCAGAGCCAAGUGAGCCCUCAGUUUACAAGACAGACCCCGUCACGGUCGUUAUCAGAGAGGAACAGGCUGAGGCGUCGAAUGAACCAUCCACACCACUAGCUCUCGCCUCGCCAUCUCGACCCUCCAUGUCUCAUCGCCCAUCUAUGGCACCCUCGAGACCUUCAAUGGCACCUUCGCGCAAUUCAUUUGGAAGUCGUAGGUCUUCGUCCCAAUGGCGCUCAACGGGACGACCGGAUCAUAUUCAGCCCGACGUUACCACGAAUGAUCUUAUUGAAUACCUACGCCUCCGCCCUAACUCAGGUUUUGCUAGAAAGGCGAAGCAGUACAUUCUCGCCGUAGCUCUGUGCCAUACCUGUUUGCCUGAAUAUAAGGAGAACGGAGAGUUAGUGUUUCAAGCAGCAUCUCCCGACGAGCUAGCUCUCGUCAGGGCUGCUCAGGAACUUGGUUACCUUGUCGUUAACCGAACGACGCAAACCAUCACUCUUCGGGUCACUCAGCCUGACGGCCACGAGGAAGAGCUCAAGUACGAGGUCCUGGACGUGAUUGAAUUUACCAGUGCAAGGAAAAAGAUGUCGAUCGUUGUUCGUUUCCCAGACGGUCGUGUGUCGGUCAUCUGUAAAGGUGCCGACUCUGCUAUCUUACCUCGUCUGAAGAUGUCGCAGAUCGCCAAGCAGAAAGCUAGUGAGGUUCGCAAGAGCGCUGAGCUUGAGCGCGAGAUGCACCGACGCAGCGAGCAGCAAGAGCCACGCAACAGUUUUGGUGGUAGGCCUAGUCUCACCAUCCGACGAAACCCAGGCGUGUCGAGGGAUCGGAGUACAAGCAGACGACCCAAUGUGGAUAGAAGCAAGUCGUUCGAAUUUGGCCGACUUUCUAGACGCUCGGAGGAUAAGCCCCGUCUGUCCAUUGCGACUCGUGGUGUGUCAAUCGAUCUCCCUCGAGGCCAGUAUUUGAGCACUCCCGUUCAUUACCAGCAACCAGUUCCCGAACACCUGGCCUUCCUCGAGGAUCCAGCUCUGCUUGACGACUCUGAGACAUUUGCUAAGUGCUUUAAGCAUCUGGAUGACUUUGCCACCGAAGGUCUUCGGACGCUACUCUUUGCGCAAAAGUUCAUCACGGAACAAGAGUAUCAGGCCUGGAAAAAGACUUGGGACGAGGCUACGACUAGCCUCAGUGAUCGUCAACAGCGCAUUGAGGAUGCCGGCGAUAUGAUCGAGCAGUCGUUUGAUCUUGUUGGUGCAACUGCCAUCGAGGAUAAGCUACAGAAGGGCGUCCCUGAGACAAUUGAGAGGUUGCGAAAGGCCAAUAUCAAGGUCUGGAUGCUUACAGGUGAUAAGCGAGAGACCGCUAUCAACAUCGCUCACUCCGCCAGAAUUUGCCGGCCCGGUUCAGAUCUCUAUAUUCUCGACAUUUCCAAGGGAAGUCUUGACUCGCAGUUGAUUGCCCUGCAAGAGGAUCUUUCAACUGGCUCAGUCCAUAGUGUGGUUGUUAUUGAUGGCCAAACGCUUGCGGCUGUUGAAAAAUCGCCAGAAUUAUCUGCUACAUUCUUUAAGGUGAUGUUGCAAGUCAACUCGGUCAUUUGCUGCCGUGCCUCUCCAGCGCAGAAAGCACUACUUGUAACCACCGUCCGGUCGCGCCUCAAGAAAUACCAUGGUAGGAAACGUCGAGGCCUAACCCUGGCCAUCGGCGAUGGUGCAAAUGACUUGGCCAUGAUCUCAGCCAGCCACGUGGGCAUUGGUAUAUCUGGAAAGGAAGGCCUGCAAGCAGCUCGCGUGGCAGACUAUGCCAUUGCUCAAUUCCGUUUCUUGCAGAGAAUGCUGCUUGUCCAUGGACGAUGGAAUUACGUCCGUACCGCCAAGUUCAUUCUUUACACAUUCUGGAAGGAAAUGUUCUUUUACCUGCCAACAGCGCAGUAUCAAAGAUACACCGGCUAUAGCGGCACGUCUCUGUAUGAAGCUACCAGUCUGACGGUUUUCAACACACUUUUCACGAGUCUCUGCGUUAUCUGCAUGGGAAUUUGGGAGCAAGACCUCAGCGCCGAGACACUGUUGGCCGUUCCCGAGCUUUAUGUCUAUGGACAGCGCAACCAGGGCCUCAACAUCUGGAAGUUUGGUCGAUGGAUGCUUCUUGGUGCCAUUGAGGGUGUGGUCUGUUGGUAUGGCGUCUGGGCUGGCUAUGGUUGGAUCACACCGGCAGCGCGCGACCAAGGCUUGUAUGCCCUGGGGACGCUCGCAUUUUCAGUUGGAGUUCUCUGGAUCAACUGGAAACUUUUGUAA